ACAUAUAUGUAAAUUAGGUCGACAAGCCGGUCGCCGGUGAAAAGCCAAGAUAAAAGGGACAAGAUUCCACCCAAAUUUAAAGCUUUAUCAUCAUGCCUGGGCUAGAUAAGUUUACUUAAAGUUUUUGGAUGGAUCUCUCUUGAAAUUGAAAGUUUAUCUGUGCGACAUUUCACUUCAUUUUGUUGGAAAACAGUGUUCUAAUAUGUCCCAGAAUGCUAUGGAUGUGGAACUGGAAGAAAGAUAUGGACCCCUGAUUCGGGUACCACUGUUGCUGGUCAUGGACGCCCUGAGCUCCGGGCGGUUAACUCUCUUCAGAUACAUUGUUGACGAUGAUGGGUACUCGGACUCUGUACUUUCUACUGUUGUCCAUUUAGCCGCUUUGCUGAUUUGUGGGAUGAUGUUCUUUCUAACAGCAUCAACCCUGAAGAUUUGUUAUGCAUUGAUGGUUUUUAUGGCAGCACUGAAGACAUCUCAGUGGUGGAAUGGUAUCUUCCUCCAGAAACUUGGGAUGGAGAACAUCACCAUGCUACACUCCAACCAGACUGUCAUCUCAUCCUUUGGAGAUGAGUGGAAGGUGAACACGUUAGACAUCAUGUCCAGUGAUGAAUUCCUCUUCUAUCUCUGCAUCCAGCUCAUGUACAGCUUUGUCGUCACCAAGACACCAAUGCUUCAUUCUUUAAGGAACACAGAAUCUAAUGCUCCUGUACUCUCAGUGUGGUUCUGCCUUGUCUCUCCUGUGUUCCUCUACCUGUUCUUGAAUACCUUUCCAGUACUUACACCAGAUUCUGCAACCCUUCUUGUCCAAACCUUCUACGGACUCUACCCGAUCUUACCUAUCCUGCUACUUGACAUAGUGUGGAGUUUUUUUUACUUUGUGCAUUACUAUUUCAAAAAUAUUCGUGUCAUUGCAAGGACAUUUACAAGGAUUUAUAUGCAAUUUGGAAUUCAGGUGUUAGUGGAAAACCAGUGGAUUAGGUUACAAGUGCCAACAGUACUAAGACUAUUUUGGCUAACAAGAUUUGCGCUUCAUGUAGGCAGAUUAGUUCUCCAGUAUCACUAUGGUCCCAUGAGUGCUAGCCCAUCUGAGGAUGUACCCAACAAUAGAACAAUAUUAUCUGCAGCCUUGUCAGAAAUUGCUAGUGAAAGCUGCAGUACUAGGAUUGCAGUGUUAGGGCUCAGUGCAACAUUGUCACCUAUAGCAACUGGAAUUGGACAUUUGACUCGGUUAUUUCUAGGUGGGGACCGUGAUGGAGGAGAGAACAUUGGUACUCUUGCAUCAGUUUUGUUCUUCAUCCUCGCUCUACAAACUGGUUUGCCUGACCUAUCACCCGAGAACAGACUCAUAAGGCUCGGAAGGAACAUGGGCUUGUUGAGUACUGCUAUCCUUCACUUCAUACACACUAUGCUCAAUGGGACAAUGAUGCAGCUAUCAACAUCACACAUCGUCCAUCGUGGGAAGCAUGCCAGAGCUCUAACUAUGGUGGCAUUGCUUACUGUACUUCCAAUCUGGUUUAUUGUCUACCUAUGGACAUCCAACCCCAUUGGAACAUGGAUGCUCGCACUAACCGCUUUCUGCUUGGAGCUUAUUGUGAAGGUCAUUGUGACGCUCAUUGUCUACAUCCUUUUCUCCAUCGACACUCAGGGCGACACCUUCUGGGAACAACUGGAUGAUUAUGUCUACUAUGUCAAAGCAACGGGUAGCACUAUCGAGUUCAUCUCCGGCAUUUUUCUCUUUGUGAAUGGAGCUUGGAUAUUUGUAUUUGAAUCUCGUGGAAUCAUAAGAGCCUUCAUGAUCUGCAUCCAUGCCUAUUUCAAUAUCUUCCAGCUGGGAAAAGAUGGAUGGAAGAAAUUUAAGAGCAGACGUCUGGCCGUGCAGAAGAUAAAAUCCAUGGAGCAGGCUAGUGCAGAUAUGCUUGCUAGCCACAAUGAUGUUUGUGCGAUAUGCUAUCAAGAACUCACUAGCGCAUGUAUUACUCCUUGUCACCACUUCUUCCAUGCCACAUGUCUUAGAAAAUGGCUUUAUGUUCAAGACUACUGCCCUCUAUGUCAUAAAGAAAUCACAGAAGAUUCAGAUGAUAAAAAUCCAGCUGAAGAAGAUGGAAAUGUAGCUCGAGGUGAUUAGUGUUACCUCUGGCAUUUUAUCUACAUAUUCAAAGGAAUUUUUUUUAAUGUCAUUUUUGGGGUGGGUGUGAUAUUUUUUUUCCAUUCAUCAGAUUUUGAUUGAAAUAUUCUUUGUAAACAUGUCCCUAGAUAAAAGUGAUCAAACCAUUACUAAAUAAUGUUCAUCCGUAGCUGAUAGGAAUCAAAUUGAUGGAGAAUUAGUGUGAUUUAGCCACAAAGAAAAGGACCACCCGUCUUGUGUAAAUUGCAAGAAACUUUAUGAAACUCCCAGCUUUUCACAAAUGAAGUUGUCAUAUGUUAGUAACAAAUUAGCUUGCAUAUAGCAGGGGUGUGAGAGUUCAGAUUUUUAUCUGAUUUCAGAUUUUUUUCGUUUUGAUUUUCAGCUUAUUUUUCGCUUUCCUCUGAACAAAAAGUAUGGGAGCUCUUUCUAUUUCAGACUUUUUCUACAAGUUUCAGCUUUUUUCAGAUCUUUUUAUUUGUGACCACUCACACCCCUGAUAUAGCCAAAACAUUGCUGGCCAUGCUAGCUAGCAUAGAAGCAUUUUGUACAGCUUUUUCCUUCGGGUCAUUGCCAAGAUUAAAUGUCACAGAAACCAUGCAAUAGUGGCAGUGCAAUGCUAGUAAACUAGUACAUGUAGCUAAUGAGUGGUUUAGAGUACGGUACGCCAAUGAAUUGGUAGAUGUCUUUCUUUAGAUUGACCGAACUACAUAUAAGUUUACAUGGAUACUUUGUUAAUGUCAUGAAAUUUCCUAAAUUCAUGGAAAAUCUUUAAAGUACCCUCCAAUAGUCAUGUAUCAUGAUGAUAGGUAUUUUAAGCUGGUGAUAUGGACCCUAAUCAAGUGAUCUGUAAAAUUUGAACAUGUGACCAGUCAUUCAUUAAUUUUGCUGUCAGAAAAUUUUCCUAAUGUAUGGUAUGGUACUACAAGCUCUAUUGACCUGUCAUGAGAUGAAAUCCACAUCCUUCUUUAUAAAACACAUAUUACACAUUGUUUUGCUUCAAGGGCAUUAGAAUACAUGUAAUUACUGAUGCACACGCUUGUUAUUAUCCUAACUUGUUAACAGUCCAAACAGAAGUGUGCCAAAGGUAAUUCAUACUAAUUAAGUGGGGGCAACAUGGUCUAGUGGUUAUGACCUGUCUUUUAAUCUGAGGGAUGUGGGUUCGAUUCGCAGCCAUGGUGUGUUUUUGAUAAGCGAGAUAUUUACCCACAUUGUGCUGCACUCAACCCAGAUUAGGUGACUGGAUAAUUAUUAGAAAGAAAUUCCUGUAAUGCUUGAGCACCUUUAUAGGCAGUGCAGCUAAAGCCAGGGUUAUAAUAGCAGCGCUUUGUAUCCUUAGGCAAAAAGCUCCUUAUAAAUCCAGCUAUUAUUAGUAGUAUUAUUAUGUGUAUUAUUUGUAUACUAUUCAUUCACACCCACUCUGUAGAUUAUGUGCUUAUUUGAUAUUUGUAUUUGAUAUACGUACCACAUAAUUUGCAUACAGAUGAUCAGUAGAUUUGAAGUCAAUUUCAAUAUUCAUUGUGCAAUUUGUAAUAAAUACAAUACAUGUUUAUUGUACAUAACUACUGUACAAUUAUACUUUCUAUGAUUUUUCAAAAUAAUUUGAUUGAAUUUUGGGGGCUGGCUAGGUUUAUUGAUGCAGCUAUAUUAUAUACUCAGACCGAUAUUUGAUUUCCUUUGAAUUUUAUGGGGACUGGUUUGAAUAUGAUAGUAAGAAUUAUAAUCAUGUACAUGAUGUGAAGUGGGCAUGGUGGGGGGGGGGGGAUCAUGCUGCCCCUUGCUAAAGCCCAGGUAAUUAUUCUCAUUUGUAUAUCAUGUGAAAACUAAAUGUAUGGAGCAUUAUUGUUUAAUGGUUCUGACUCUCGCCUUUGAAACAGAAGGUUGUGGGUUCAAAUCCCAGCAAUGGUGUAAUUUCCUUCAAGAAAUUGAUCAACAUUGUGCUGCACUUAACUCAAUUGAAGCGAAUGGGUACCUAGCAUGAUAAGAGCCCUGGGAAAUAAAUAAAAAAUAUUUUAGGUAUCACAUGUACGUUGUGAAAAGUAACCCCUGAAAUAAAAUAUUUUUUGCCUGUCAAGAUACAGUUUGGAAAAUAAUUAUUAAACCACUUUCCUACUAAA